ACGGAGCUUGUCGGUCGGUCGGUCGCCCUCGCGCGUCAGGCACGUCGCAACCCCCAACACCGUAGCAUCGCAGGUCGCCGAGUCUCCCCCGACCAUGAGAAGAGGAGCGUCGGGUGCCGUCGCCGCCGGCCGUCAUCACGGGACGUCGUCUCCGCCAGCGUCUAUAUCGUACGCGUCUACAUCGCCGCCUUGGUUAUACCGAAAAUAAAGCCGGCGUUCUGGGAACCGGGAAACCGAGUCGUCAAUCGUUGCCAAGGGAACCCAGCGCGAGGGAAAACCGGUCCGGCAACGCGCCGACCUCUUCCGGUGUAAUCUCGCGGCCGCGGAAGAAGAAAGAAAAAGAAGAGCGGGGGAAGGAUAGACGAGCCGUAUUGGCAAUUUUCUCGAGGGUGUCGUACGGAGCGGGAGGAAGAGGAACGGGGUGGGUGGUGAUUAUACGGCAUGCGGUCUUGAGAGCACGCACGAACAGGUGGCGAGGCGGGAUCUCGCGCGGAGGACUCCGGUGGCUGGCGAAAAAAAAAGAGAGUGACAACGCGGGAAGAGUGGAAGUACGACGCGCGCGUGCGACAAAAUACACACAGAUGCAACGGCACGGCUUCUGAUGGAAUCCGCGCGGACCGACGUCUCCGAAACCGAUCGAGACACGUUCUCGACGUUUAACGUCGAGGGACUUUAUUUUCUACACUAUUAGAACCCGAACAAGGUAAUUUGGACAAUCAAUCACCGCUGUGAGGAUCAACUGGGGGAGGCACCCUUUUGGUAGCGACCUGCAAUCAUGCUCAGUCCCAAAAUGCAAAAAACUGUGAGGGUAAAUGAUUCCCAGCUGGUCAUGCUCUCAGAGAAGGCGCAUUACGAUCACUCGCUGUCAGGAUAUUUGUACAAGCGGACAGCUGACUCCACCAAGUGGCAACAACGAUGGUUCGUUCUCUAUCAGAAUCUGCUAUUCUAUUACGAGAACGAGACUUGCUCACGACCCAGUGGCGUCGUUCUGCUGGAAGGCUGUUAUUGCGAUCGACUCAUCACCGCCAAAGGCAAAGAGCCGGAUAAACAGCACUGUUUCGCGAUAUCGUACAGGAGGGAGAACCAACGGCAAUACGAGCUAAAAGCGGCCACAGAGACGGACUGCAAAGCGUGGAUCGAUGCGAUACGAGAAGCUAGCUUCAACAAAUUGUUGCUACAAAAGGAGGAGCUAGAGCAGAAGCACCUGCACCUGUUGCAAAUAGUCGAGAGCGAGAAAACGGCCAAGUGGCAGUACACCCAGCAAUGCGAGGAACUGGCGUCGGAAAUAAAAAAGCUCCGAGCGGAGCUGUGCGCCCUGAAAAAGGAGCUAAGGCCUUCCGUAAUUCCGAUAUACAGUGCAAGCCGACCGGCGGUUCAAAGAACCAUGUCCCAGGGUACCGGAAGCUUAUACAGCACAUUCCAUUCACACGGCGGCGGCAUUUACUGUACCGGCGGCUUCGCUCCGGGAUUACGCGAAAUCACGGAGGGCUCCAUUGAAAUGCAGAAGGUCAAGAAGGUCCAGAGCUUCUUCAGGGGCUGGCUGUGCCGGCGACGUUGGAAGCAGAUUGUUGAACAGUACAUCAAGAGUCCGCACGCCGAGAGCAUGCGCAAGCGAAACAGCCUGGUAUUCCAAAUGGUGGAGGCCGAGGAGGAGUACACGGAGCAGAUGGAGAUUUUAGUAAGCUGUUUUCUGAGGCCUUUCAAGAUGGCUGCCAGUUCAAAGAAACCCCCAUGUAGUCACGAGGACGUGAAUAGCAUAUUUUUGAAUAGCGAAACCGUGCUGUUCCUCCAUCAGAUCUUCCUGAAGGGUCUCACCUCGCGUAUGGAGAGCUGGCCCACUCUAGUUUUAGGUGACUUGUUUGACAUGCUGCUACCGAUGUUAUCCAUAUAUCAAGAGUACGUGCGAAACCACCACUAUAGCCUUCAAGUGUUGACUGAAUGCAAGCAAUCGUCACCGUUCGUGGCGUUGCUCAAUAGGUUGGAGAACAAGACUGCCUGCCACGGACGAUCCCUGGAGACCUUUCUAACAUAUCCCAUGCAUCAGGUUCCAAGAUAUAUAAUUACUUUGCACGAGUUAUUGGCGCAUACGCCGUAUGAUCAUGUGGAACGUAAGAGCCUCCAGAAUGCCAGGCAACAGCUGGAGGACCUCUCGAGGCAAAUGCACGACGAGGUCAGCGAGACUGAAAAUCUGAGAAAGAAUCUAGCAGUGGAGAGAAUGAUUGUUGAAGGAUGCGAUAUUUUACUGGAUGUCAAUCAGGUCUUCGUCAGACAGGGUACACUCAUACAGCUCGUAGAUAAACCGCGCGGUGCGCGAAGCAGAUUGAGCGCUACUUUCGGCGGCAAAGCCGCAAGCGAGGCCGUCAGACAAUGCUUUCUCUUCUCGAAUCAUCUGUUGCUCACCACGCGACAGUCUGACGACGAUGGCCGCCUGAAUCUGGUCCCGCAGAUCGGCAAGAUACCCCUCUCCGACGCGGUGCUGAUUGAAGAUCCGAGCGAUCAGAGUGCCGUAGACGAUGAUGGACUGUCAGUAUGUUCGAUGUCAAGCGGCAUUAGCGAAAGCAGCGGAAGCGGUAGCGGCAGCGGAACUUCCCAGUUGCAGAAUCGCGACUUCAAGAUUAUACUCGAUAUAAAAUCCGGUGGCCCGCAGGUGACCGUCCUUCUCGUGGCGCCUACUAUACAAGAAAAAGCAGCGUGGGUCAGCGACAUAAGUCAAUGUAUGGACAACGUUCACUUUAACGAUCUGCUCCACGGAUCGCUGUCGGACACCAGCUCCGUCACGAUGCCGCAGUCCAUCCGGAACGAUCCGAAGCUGUUCAAGGACGACGUGGACAUCAGGUUCAGCCGCACUUUGAACUCCUGCAAGAUACCGCAGAUCCGUUCCGCAACGCCCGAGCGGCUGUUGCAGCGGCUGACCGACCUCAGGUUCCUCAGUAUCGAUUUUCUCAACACAUUCCUGCUGACGUACCGAGUGUUCACCGAUGGCGUCACCGUGCUGGAGGCCCUCAAGAAGGUUUUCUACGAAGCCGAGCCACCGGACGCGCAAAUGCCCACCGGAUCUCUCGUAUCCUUAGACGUAUUAGGAGCAAAUGCAAUCGAAACACAAUCGUAUUCCGAGGACCGAAGAAAAAGUGGCUUUUCACCGAGACGGACUAGCGGCGCAAGCUCAGUAUCAGGAUAUGGAUCGGAAGUAAGCGAUACUCGCGACGCGAAAUCCCAUGGAACCUGUGACGCUAAUAUGGGUGGAUAUAAUUCGAAAAGUCACUGGCGAUCCGGUUAUAAGAAGAUGGAGGACGAGCACUCGCUCGGACUUAUCACCGAGGCCCCGGUCAUAAAACGCAGUCCAACAUCCAGUCCAUCCAGCUCGCACUCUCCGAACAUGCAGCGAAAAAUUAGCAUUCGCGUGGAUAAUCAGGACAUCGAGAACGACGGAUGCCAUUUAACGAUACCGAAAGUAAUAGCCGUGUCGUCCAGUUCCGAGACACUCACAGACGUUACAGCAAUCAGCGCACCAUCUUCACCGAGCAACUUGAGCUCUGUGACACUAGUCGGUUCGAUGGAAUCCGGAUCAGGAUCCGGAUCUGGAUCGGAUCCUGGUCCCCAAGACGGAGGUAUUUAUUCACGUCGUGUCUCGGAAAUCGACACACCUGGUACGGCAGAAGGAGAUUCAAAAGCAGUACAGUUUACUUAUGACGACAUAUCGCCACCAUCGCAAUCGACCGAGUCUGUCAAGUCGGACACGCCGAAAACGCCGAAAACACCGAAAACACCGAAAACGCCAAAAACGCCAAAAACACCGGACACUCCGAAAACACCGAAAACGCCAGAUACUCCGCAUACGCCGAAAACGCCGAAGACACCGAAGACACCGAAAACACCGGACACGCCGAAAACGCCGGAGACGCCGAGAACACCGAAAACACCGAAAACGCCUGUCUCUCCACUGAGGAAGGAAAUCAAGGAGAAUAAGGAUGAUCAAAGUACGUCGACUGACGACGAGAGUAUAACUUCUCCUAAACCAGGCGGUCAAUCGGUACAGCAACUGUAUUCGGAGCACAGGGCAUCGAUUGCUUCCGCACCUGCAGCCACCGGGCCGAGGAGCGGUUCGGUCUCCACCAUAACUGGCAAUUAUUGGGUAAGCAGACGGUCGAUGCAUGACGAAAUCUCGUCGCAGCAGAGCAGCUAUCACGACACUCAGGUUUCCAGCAAAGCCGGCGUGGUAAUAACCAGCUUCCGGCAGAGUCAUCGAAGCAUUGGACCUGAACCUAUCUGGAGCAGCACGUCCACGGCGGCGACCGCGUUCGCCAUCGCAACUUCCGCUUCGAGCAAUCCACCAGACAAGGGACCCGCCACCGACACUCGUGGCUGCCGGGAUAAGAACAGGCGGAAGGAGUCGGUGAUGUCGACCGCCGCGACGAUGCGGGUGCUGAACGUCCUGAGGCACUGGGUGUCCAAGCACGCCCAGGACUUCGAGAUGGAUCAAAAAUUAAAGAACAUGACCAUCGAGUUCCUGGAGGAUAUCAAUUACAGUCCCAAUCUGCUACCGGCCGAACACAAGGCGGCCACACAACUUCUACGAUUAAUUACCAAGGAGGAAAGUGAGAGCAACAAGGUCGAUCUCAAGAAAUUACUGACUCCGCCCUCAAUUCCGAGUAAGGAGAGCAUCGAGUCGUUGUCCGCGCUCGAGAUCGCGGAACAGAUGACGUAUCUAGAUCAUCACAUAUUCGUCAACAUAGCCAGCGAAGAGUUUCUUGGACAAGCGUGGAUGAAGCCGGACAAGGCGACUCGUGCUCCUCAUAUUCUUCUUAUGACGAAGAGAUUCAACGAGGUGUCGCAGUUGGUGGUUUCCGAGAUUAUUCGUCGCUCCGCCAUGUCAUCUCGGGUCUUGACUAUCGAGAAAUGGGCCGCGGUCGCUGACAUCAAUAGGGUUUUGCAUAAUUACAACGGCGUGCUGCAGAUUUGCGCGGCGUUCACGAACAGCAGCGUGUACCGACUGAAGAAAACUUGGGAUAGAGUUUCCAAAACGACGAAGCAGACGAUAGAAAGACUACAGCACAUCGUCUCAUCCGACGGGCGCUUUAGAAAUUUGCGAGACGCCUUGCAUCGAUGCGAUCCACCCUGUAUCCCUUACUUAGGUCUUUACCUCACCGACCUUUCGUUCAUCGAAGAGGGCACCCCGAACGUCACUGACGGUCUUUUAAAUUUCUCGAAAAUGCGAAUGAUUUCUCACGUAAUCCGCGAGAUACGGCAUUUCCAGCAAACUCCCUAUAAGAUCGAAUUAGUCACUAAGGUAACCAACUAUCUACUGGACACGUCGCUCCUGUUGAACGAGAAGGAUCUGUAUCGUAUGUCCUUGGAGCUCGAGCCCAGAACAUCCAGGUUGAGUAGUUCUGGCUUGAUCGAUCUACCCCCUUCGGUCAGCCACGUGUCUACAAAAUGAAUUCGUUUCGUCCCGAUAUACCAAUAUGAAACAACUCGAUUCUCCCUUCAUUUUACAAUGGACGAAAGAGGGAAGUUUACGUUUGAAACAAUUAACUAUUUAUUGCGACCGGCCGAUCGUUACGACGAUUGCGAGUGCGACUCGCCGUGUUAUCAGCCCCGUCCAUUUCUGUCCACCCUCGCUUAUAACGUAACUUCCGUUGUUCGUUUCAGUUCUACUUACUGCGACAUAUUUGCGCGAGAAUUAUAAAAACAAGCUCGACAACGAGCUCCUCGUCGUCGCACAGUAUCGGCCUCUGAUUCGCGGAAGGAAAUUUUAUCGUUAUCAUCAUUUAAUUAAUGUAGCAAUUGCAAGAAAUGUAGCAAAACUAAUUGGAUUUCAACGAAACUUCCGUGUUACCAGAACUGCUAUCGGUUGUCUUUCAACUUUUUUUCCCCUUUCCAACAGUUAUUCUAGUUAACCCUAUUUCUACUUUAAAUUCUAAGAUAACAAAUGUACUUCCUAUUUCUAUCGUAAUCCAAAAAGUACUGGAGAGAACUGAACUGAAAAGAAAAUUGCAGAUUUUAGCAAGAGCAUUUAAUUGUAACGUGUAUAGAUUUCAGAAGAUUAAAUGCGUUGUUGUGUAUAAAAUCUGCUGAAGAAAAUACGAAAUGUUAAUUAGUAAUGAGUGUAGAAAGACUUUCUCGUAACAACAUGAUUCCGCUUAAUCUCUCCGUGUCGUUGAUAAAGUAACAAUCUCACUCAAAAGUGGUCUCACUCAGUGGUCAGUUUGAUCUGUCCGAGAAUGACACAUAAAUAUUCCACAGAAUAUUCCGAAUUUUUUACAAUAAAAUAAUGGCUGUCGUUGCCACCAGCGAAAUGAUUUCGGUGAAGGCAACGUAGAGCCGUCAUUGAUUUUAGUUUAGCCCAAGCUCAAUCGAGCCAGUAUUAUUGUGUGAGGCAUACGAGCAGUUCAAACGAGAGUAUGAGAAUCGAUGAGAAGCGUGAAAGGUGAAUGGAAAUUGUAUUCUGACAAUCAAUAGCGUUAAUGAUAUCUCUGUUUUCUGUUUGUUCUAAUUAUUGCUACGAGUAUCAAAGCAAAGAAAAACUCGCUUGUCAAACAGCUAGAAAUCAUUUCGUCCAUUUUUUAAAUUAUAUGAAAAUAUGUUGUGUAAUAUCUCAUUUUCAUUAAACAAUUUGUUUUAUUAACAUGUCUUGAUAUAAAAUUUUCGAUUCUAGUUCUGAUUUGGAU